GCUGAACCGCAGGUCAUGUCGACGUUGGCGCGCAAGCGGUUGUUGCGGGAUCUGAAGAAGAUCAAACUUGACAAUACCGAUGGCAUCAUCGCUCACCCGCACAGCAAUAACUUGAUGCGCUGGACGGCCACCAUUUUCGGACCGCCAGACUCGGUUUUUGCCAACGGGGUUUUUCGGUUACAGCUCGAUUUUCCAGAAGAUUACCCGACACGAGCGCCCAAGGUCGUUUUUGUCACCGACGUCUUUCAUCCCAACGACGUUUCCUCACCACUUUUCUCCCCGUUCAAUCGAGCAGUAUAUGUCAACGGCGAGAUUUGCUUGGACAUUCUCCAGAAACAAUGGAGCUCAGCCUACAAUGUCGGCACCAUCCUGACUUCGAUUCAGUCGCUACUCGAUGAGCCCAACCCAGAUAGCCCCGCCAACAACGAAGCUGCCAAGUGGGUGACACCUUUGCAUGCGACGUGGAAUGUGCUGCUCGCCACCUUGGCGCGUGUGGGUGGCGAGCCGUCUCUUUGCCCUGUCAUCUUGAUGCUCGCUCACACGCCCAUUGCGCCCUCCUUCUUUAGGCUGUUUGUGGACGAUAAGAUGGAAUACGAGCGUCGAGUUCUGAAAUGUGUUGAAGCCAGCUGGAUUGACGGCGGUGAGCUCACAUGCCUUUUGAUUGUCGCUCUCACCACCAGCCGUGGAGCGAAAGAGAAGCAAGGAAAGAAAGAACAGUCAAGAUGCAUGAGCAACACAUUGGCGACACCCACUGCCCCUCACCCCUCUCACCGCCCACCUGGUACCGCAGGCAUGUCUGCCCUCAAGCGGGCCAAGAUCGAUGCCGCCUCCAGCCCAGCAUCGACUUCAACAUCGGCAUGA